AUGGAUAAAAUUUGCCGAAGUCAACUGCCUGAUUCAUCUUCAUCACCCCCACUAAGUGGAUUAAAUUUCCACAGCUUUGAGGAGGAUCUCAUCUCGGAUUUGCCGUCGUGUGUUUAUGCAAAUCAUCAGCUUGGCGCGGCGACGGCCACCAACGCUAGUUCCGCCAAUCUGAGAUUGAACACCAGCAGCUUGCGACAAAUUCAGCAUCAAUAUCUACAUCACAAUGAUUGCUUGGAUUCAUCGGGUUCGGCCAAUGCUGCACUUUCCACGUCAAUUGGCCAUCCUUACAAUACUGCACCGUACAAGAUCCAGCGACAGCAGACUAGCGUCCGUGAGCGAAAGAGGGUACUGCGCUCGGCUCCUAACGGCAGCAUAAACUCAGCAUUUGACGAGCUCCGUGUUCACGUACCAACGUUUCCCUACGAAAAACGUCUAAGCAAAAUCGAUACCCUCCGGUUGGCGAUCGCGUACAUCGCACUGCUACGGGAGGUCCUGGAAGCGGACUACGACCCUCUAACGUACGUGGAAAAAUGUCUACGAGGGGAAAUUAAAGCUGACCACGCCCACUGGAAUACGAGUGAUCUAACAGCACGUCUUUCUUGGAUCAACUGGGAAAACUUGGGCGUCCAUCCUGGCCGUCGUACCAUACUGACGUCACUAGCGCUUGGUUCAUCAGAUAGUUUAGGCUGCGGUCCACCACCACAUUUGAUAUAA